AUGCAAAAUUUUAAUCUUGUGCAGUUGCAAGUUUACCAACAAGAUAUUCUUAAGGCCGAUAUUGCUGUGAAAAACCAUAUCGAAGGAAUUAGGCAGCAAAACUUCAUGUCAGAGAAAGAAAUAGCCCAAUGUACUCGAGACAUUAAGGAACAAAUGGCCAAACUUGCUCAUUUAAUUAAUGCCUUAGAGAAAUUCGCAAACAAGAUAAGUUUUCGAAAUGAUCGUAUCGAAUUAUUGACUCAAGUGAAAGAACAUCGGAAUGAAUUAGAAAAGAAUCGCCAAAUGCUUCGUCAAGCAAUUUUUGAAUUUUUGAAAGUCAUGGAAAAACAGUCGCGCAGCUAUUUAUUGCAAGGUGGUGAUGAUUCUCAGGACAUUGAAUUCAGAAACCGUAGAAGGCGUGCUGAAAACUUGAAAACACAAACUUUGAAAGCAACAGAAAGUCUUGCAUCACUGGUGACAAAAAUGAGCGAUCAGUUGAAGCUAUCCGAAGACACAACCUCAUCGUUAAUCCAUUCCUCAUUUCUUCUUAAAGACACAGAAUCUGAAUAUUCAUCGAUAGGCGUUCACAUACAAAGUGGUGGAAAGCUGAUAUCAAAGUAUGGCAGGCGAGAAUGCACAGACAAAAUUUUGAUAACUUUUGCCUUAUUUUUAUAUGUUGUUGUUAUAUUAUAUAUACUAAGAAAACGAGUACUUUCGAUUAUUUUUUGA